GAUAGGUGACCAAUCAGUAGCCUCGCUUUAGCCGUCAAUCAACCCCGGUUCUGGCGAGUAGGCGGGAUGUUCGCUCGGCUGUAGUUCCGUCAUCUCGCCCGUCUCCGAGGCUACAGGGGGCCAAUGUUGAUUUGGGCAAAUUCGCGUCGUUGUCGGACCCCGCAGAGGAUUAAUUUUUGAAAUCUGGGUUCGGUGACGAAAAGCGGCAGUCUUUCGACUGAGAACAGUGCAUCCCCGCCGUCGGUAUAGCUGGUUAUUUGUGGGCUGGGGGAGAGGUGGGGAGCCGGGGGGGCCUCGCGCGGAGGGGGCUGCGAGGAGGGACAGGAGAAGACUGGAUCCUCCGUGUUCAGGACAACAAGGUCGGCCUGGCAGUCCAGUGAAGCCCCAGCGACCGAGACACCACAACGAUAGCUCCCCGUGGAUUUAAACUCGAGCUCGUUCGCCGGUGGUUGAUGGCCGUGGAGCGCGUGAGCCCGCUCCACUGUACCGUCUCGCCGCAUCAGCAGCUGUCAGGCUAUUAAAGAUCAAGACCUCGCAACGCUUGGUGACUGCUACAGCUGGAUUUAGGAAACACCGUUCGGACCUAAUCGAGUUACCGGCUUGGCAAGACUGUAGGGCGGCCAAAAAGCCACGGAUCGCCCGUUGACAAGUUGUCAUCAUGGGCAACGCGCCCACGGCCAGGAAGGGCAGCGAGAUGGAAAGCGUCAAGGAGUUCCUUGUUAAAGCCAAAGAGGACUUUCUAAAGAAGUGGGAGAGCCCUGCACAGAACACUGCUGGCCUGGAGCAGUUUGAGAGGUUGAAAACCCUCGGCACGGGCUCAUUUGGCCGUGUGAUGCUUGUGAAGCACAACGAAACGGGACAGCAUUAUGCCAUGAAGAUCCUCAACAAGCAGAAGGUGGUGAAGCUCAAACAAAUAGAGCACACUCUGAAUGAGAAGAGGAUUCUUCAGGCUGUCAGCUUUCCUUUUCUGGUGCGGUUAGAGUACUCGUUCAAGGACAACACUAACCUCUACAUGGUGAUGGAGUAUGUACCAGGUGGAGAGAUGUUCUCCCAUCUACGGAGAAUUGGCAGAUUUAGUGAGCCUCACGCUCGGUUCUACGCCGCUCAGAUCGUUCUAACCUUUGAGUAUCUUCACGCUUUGGACCUGAUCUACAGAGACCUGAAACCUGAGAACCUGCUCAUAGACCAGCAGGGCUACAUACAGGUGACAGAUUUUGGCUUUGCCAAACGCGUAAAGGGCCGGACCUGGACACUGUGUGGCACCCCGGAAUAUCUAGCCCCAGAGAUUAUUCUCAGCAAGGGGUACAACAAGGCCGUAGACUGGUGGGCGCUGGGCGUACUGGUCUAUGAGAUGGCAGCAGGGUACCCGCCUUUCUUUGCUGACCAGCCCAUCCAGAUCUAUGAAAAGAUCGUAUCAGGGAAGGUGCGUUUCCCAUCUCACUUCAGUUCAGACCUGAAGGACCUCCUGAGGAACCUGUUACAGGUGGAUCUAACAAAACGUUUCGGGAACCUCAAGAACGGGGUCAACGACAUCAAGGGACACAAAUGGUUUGCGACCACUGACUGGAUUGCCAUCUACCAGAAAAAGGUGGAAGCUCCCUUCGUCCCCAAGUUCAAAGGGCCAGGGGACACGAGCAACUUCGAUGACUACGAGGAGGAGGAGAUCCGCGUCUCCUUCAAUGAGAAAUGUGCCAAGGAGUUUGCGGAGUUCUAGAGUUAGAGGGCGAGAGAGGAAGGCAGUAGGGAGAGUCAAAGGUAGGCUGGUCAAGUGGGAGACAUAAGGAGAGAGUCUCCUGUCCAAUCACAAGCACCAGCUACAACAAGAGGGGGGGGGGGGGGUAAUGGGAUAGAGAAGGGAAAAAGAGCAAGGAGACUGAUAACCAGCAGUGUUGCCUUUUCUGUUGCGUUUCUGUUGUAUUUUAUUUAUGAUUCUGUCUUAUUUAUGGAUCCCUUUAUAAUGAAGGUGUGCUUCAGAUUCAAGGGUGUUGGGAACCCCACUUAUUUAGAGUUGCCUCUACACAUUUUUCACCCAAGAUCUUCCCGGCUCUUUUAUUGUUUCAUUCAUCAUUGAAUCACUUUUGGGCCACAUCACAGAGAAAUCAGUCCGUCUGUUCGAGUCUCCUGCGGUCUGUUGUUCAUCACAUCUCCGAAAGCCCAUAGAGUCGAUCAAGUUGAGGUCUCAGUCUGCACAAACGUUUCUUCAAUUUAAACUGAUAACUGGCUAGCUAGCUCUCUCUCUCUCUCUCUCUCUCUCUCUCUCUCUCUCUCUCUCUCUCUGGUGAGCAGGAGGAGCAUUUAAGUGAACAUUUGAAUGAAUCACACUCAUAUGCACUUAAAGAAGUUUUGUCAUUUAUUCUUUAAGUAUUUAAACUUUUACCGUUUCAUAUCGUAGACAUCGUACCUCGAGUCACCGGCAUGAUUGGCCAAAAAGAAAAACAUAAAGAUGAUGCAUUGUCUGCUCAAACAAGUCGGGGUCAGAGACAGAUGACCCUUCAGGGGGAAGAAGUCGGUUAAGUUUACUGUGUAACUCCAUCUAUACUUCUUAUCUCCGUUAGCAUAGCCAGGCUUUGUGCACUCAAUUUUUAAAUGUCACUAGAUACUAGUCGCUCCAAUUAUUUCACGUCACGCAAACAAACAAGGAAAUUUGGAUACGGGAACGUAAAUAUCUCAGUUUCAAUAGUGUCGUGAAGGAACACCACAACAUAAUGGUAUCUCAGGUUUGAACAUAUCACUUAAUAAGACAUUUUAUCAACAUUAAGCAUUAGGAUCAGCAGGUCAAGAAGAUGUGUGAGACACUUGCUUAGAGUUUGGAAUUUAAAGUUCUGGUUCGCACUAAGAGGAACAAAAGGGAAUAAUAAGACUUUUAGUUCGGGUAUUCCACAAUUUUCCCUUCCAGAGGAUUUGGUUUUGCUAACUGGACAACUCUGUCUGGUCUCAAAAGCACUCGCUGUCUCUGCUCAGAGCUCAUCUACUAGUCAAGCUGAUGCAGCAUUUCGAAUUAACCAAUUGGCCCUUGCCUACUCCAGUUUAGAAGAGACCAUCCGAGGCGGACGACCUCAAACUGCUCCUGGCUGGUGGUCACUGGAGCACGUUGAGCAGUCAUUGUAUCGGUGGUCUGGAGGGUCUUUUAUAGACACCUGUGUUCAUCUCCACAGCACUCUCACUCCAUGUGACAGUCUUUCGUGUGCCAGCAGCUCUAUUCCCAUCGCUGUGUUUACAGGCACAGUUUUUGUUUAAUUCAGUUUUUUUUCAUGUGGUGAUGAUGUAAAGAUGACUCCAUUGAAGAAGUUAGGAAAAGGUAGAAGAGUUGAAUAGAGCUAGUGCUGAGAAGAGACGAGGAAGAUCUCAGUGCACAGUAUACAAGCUGCCUGUUUUACAGUGCGCCACACAUAGCACAUCAGGUGUUCAAUGCCUAAUCAGCACCUGAGCUGUGAUGGAAAAGUACUUGUAGGAUUUGGUCUUUCAGAAUUUAUAAAUAGCGUCUAUUUCAAACAUUCAAAUACCUUCUUCACAGCUGUGUUUUAAUGUGCCACCAUAAUGAAGAUAAUCUAUUUUGGUUCAAACAGGCGCUCUGGUUUUUCUCUGGUUUUAUUGGAACGAGUCCUUCCUGUCCAAAAGAAGUUCAGAUACUCGGAAAUGUAACGAGCUUUUUCUCAAAAUUACAUAUUUGUAACGUGUUAUUGUGUGUGUGUGUGUGUGUAUAAAUCCAAUGAUACACACACAAUUUAAUUUAUAGUCUCGUGAAAUUUAAAAUGACCUACCAUCCAGGAAUGUUUACGGUGGGCUUAAAUGACCUGUUUCAGAUCAUUUUUAGAUCCAUGUGGCCCAACGUCCAUAGCAGGAUCAACCAGCUACGGUUAACCCUAGUACCCCACCAUUCCUCCCUCUGUCUGUACAGUAUGUGCAGUGUCACUAUGCUGGAAUAUGACAUGGCCCCAGGUGUACUCUGUCCUAAUUUGAUUUAAACAAAUGAAUUGAGGAAUAUGCACACAUGACUAAAUGGAGGCCUUAAAGGGCCAGUGAUUCAGUAGAGCACCUGCAAGAGACUUGGAGGCCUAGAUAUCCUAAAGAUGAUGCCGUGUUCAGGUGGGAUGGAUGGUUUGACAACUUCACAGGCUGAGGUGUAGUCCACUUGAGUAGUAGACUGACUUUGGCAUGUACAAUCGAUUGGGAGUUGGCAGUUGGCCUCUUUGCCCGGUUGGUAAUCUAGCCUCGGCAAUGUCCAGUAAAACGUUUUUUUGACCGAUUGGUUUUCUAUUAAAGAAAGAGUCUCACACACACACACACACACACACACAAGGCAACCAACUCCUGACCAAAAGGGUUCGUCCCCUCUCCGCUAUACCCCUACUUUUCAUUUUCUUUCUCAUUGAGAGAGGUGGAAAAACAUUUCAUUGAUCAAUCUGAAGUCAUAUCGGCAGAUCGAUGGUGGCAAGAGCUACAAGGUGGAUGCACACCCACUUGUAGUUAUGCUGGCUUAUUGGAUAUGAUGGACUAUUUUUCCAACCUUUUAUUAUUAUUAUUAUUAUUAUUAUUAAUAUUAUUAUGACAUUGUUGUAAACCACUUGUUUCACAUUCGCUGUAUUUCCUCCAUGUCGAGUUUAAUGUUGACAUAAUUGAAGUUAUGAUACAAUAUUAUUCCCCGUCUCCUCGAUGUUUUUUGCAGUGAUACAACUUCCUCUCGAUGCAGGCACAAUGCUGGUACAUACUGUCGCACUUUUUAGGGAAACGAGACCCCGAUGUAAACCAUGUUAACCCCGCAACACACACACACACACACACAUACACACUGCAAGGGGAAGCGUCUAAAGUCACGGGAGCAGUGACAUAAAAACACGAAGUGUAAUAUUUUGCAACAUGAGUAUCAUUCCAAUAAAGUUUUACUUGUAAAAUUCGA